CUCUGGGGUGGUGAUUUGCCCUUGUUGGGUGUGGGUGGUGGUGGUGUGGGUUUGUCUCUGGAGAGCCUAGUGUGGAGGGUUCUUCAGUGAAGGCUGUGAAAUCCGCUUGGUAUCCCGAGUGCAGUGUGGGAGGAGGAGCCAGUGGCGGUGAUGUAACACUGGCAAAGAGCUGGAGUCCCCUGCAUGAAGGAUGACAGGGAGGAGGCUGGGCAGAAGUUGAGUGUGCAUGAGAGCAGUCUUGAUGUCAUAAGGUCCCAGACUGGGGUCAGGCUUAUGGGGCAGAAGAGUGUGCUGAGGUGCCCCCGCCAGGGUUGGGGUAGUGAUGUCACAGGCUGGCAAGGUGGGGCCUUGAAGGCGCAGCUGGGAUGCGGGGUCACAAGGCUGAGGGGGAGAAGACGAUCUGGAAUGAAGUCAUUUACCAGAAUGGACCACUGGUCACUGAGCGAGGAUGGACUGUACAGGGUGCCCCAGCUGGCAACUGAUGGAUCCGGGGUAUGCAUCCUGGUCUCUUCACUCAAGAACCUGGGCUCUCAGCCCCUCUGGGUCUCUGUCUCAUCCCCCUCUCCAGCGACCCUGGCCAUGGACCAGCCAGCCGGCCUGCAGGUGGACUACAUCUUCCGGGGUGUGGAGCAUGCUGUACGAGUGGUGGUUUCUGGGCAGGUGCUGGAGCUGGAGGUGGAGGACCGGAUGACGGCUGACCAGUGGCGGGGCGAGUUUGAUGCCACCUUCAUUGAAGACUUGACUCACAAGACAGGGAACUUCAAACAGUUCAACAUCUUCUGUAACAUGCUGGAGUCCGCUCUCACCCAGAGCAGUGAGUCAGUCACCCUGGACCUGCUGACCUACACAGACCUAGAGUCCCUGCGGAAUCGCAAAUUAGGGGGUCGCCCAGGCACUGUGGCCCCCAGGUCAUCCCAGCUCAACUCCAAGCGCUACCUGAUCCUCAUCUACUCCGUGGAGUUUGACAGGAUUCACUACCCGCUGCCCCUCCCGUACCAGGGUAAGCCGGACCCUGUGGUCCUGCAGGGCAUCAUCCGCUCACUGAAGGAGGAGCUGGGCCGCCUUCGAGGGCUCAGUGGCGGCCAGGACGCUCGGGAUGCUCGGAACACGCGGGAGACUGAGAUCUGGCACCUGCGGGAGCAUGCCUGGUCUGGCGCAGAUGGAUGGUCAUCACAUAGUUGGCUGAGCAUGUCAUUGGAACAGGUGGAGAAGGGUGUAGCAGGGACUGAUCGAUCUCCAGGUGGAUCAGGAGAAGGAGUUGGGCAGAGGAACAGCAUGUGCAAAAUCCACGUGUUAGGUGGAAUGCAGUGAGAACAGAGGCUGACCAAGUAAAGGAAGAAAAGGCUUCUGGCACAUUUAUUGCACUUACUGACACCAGCAGAGGGUGAGCUGAAUCAGAACUCUGUCUCCACCUGGGGAGCACUCGCAGUACCAACUUGCACUUGCCAAGCAAGCGCUCUACCCCUUGAGCGAUGACCAGUCUUAUUGCUUUAGUUAUUUUUCA